AUGGCUGAAAAACGAUUAUUUAAACGAAUAUUCAUUGGCUCUACAAAGAUAUCGAAAAUAUUUCAAAAGAGCUUCCAAGAAACAUCACAAGAUUACAAGGUACUUUGCACAUGCACCAACUGUUCACUUCCAAAUACUCCACAACAAAUAAUUCCAAGUACUCGUACGUUGAGUUGUUUUUGCGAACGGGGAUUUUGCAAGUGUUUAGAACCUAAAAUUUACCAUCCUGUUCCUCUGGUAUCAACAACAACUGCUGAUGCAUCAGUCGACAAUGAUACUGCGAUGGUGAUUCCUUCAUCUCCUACGGAUUCAGCAGAUGCUAGUGGUGCAUGUGGUGAUAAUAAUAUCGUUAACACUCUUUCGUCUUCUAUGCCUUCUGACGAUGAUGUACCUCCUAACAGAAUCAAAUCGAGGUGUUCCGGAGCUACAGUAACUACUGCUAGCAAAGCACUAGCAGAAAUAAACUGCACAGACUUAGCCAAGGACGCGGGUAAACGAGGAGCUGUUUACGAUAUGGUUUACGGUUCCGUAGACGCAUCUAAUGAAGAAAAUCAGCCUACGACUUCUGGGAAUAAUAAAAUGCUGCCAAGUAACGGAGAUUUCCUUUUAGUAAGCGUCCACGCUGGUAAGAAUAAAACUUAUACUUACGCAAGCCUUGCACAAAGUGAUCUCGAAGACGAUGGCGAGAUUAAAGUGAUAUUUCUCCGGGCAUACAAGGGUGCAACUAAGUUUAAAUUAGACGAAAACGAUAUAGCGUUUGUUGAAUUUAAUGAUAUUAUAAAAAAUUCUCCCUACACCAAAACAAAUAAUUAA